CCCAAAAAUAAAAUAAAAUAAAACAUCAAAAGAGACAUCACUAUAAAUAAAUAUCAAUAUUUUAGUUCCCCUCAAAGCUUUAUGUGUUUCAAGAUCAUUUGCCUUUACGUUUCUCUUUCUCUCAUUUUUUUCAUUUUAGUUUUCGCAGAUGCUUCUUACAAAGAACCAAAGUCUUUUAAGUUUUCUUCAUUAAGACAAACACAAAAGAGAGGAUGAAGGAGACACUUAGGUGUUGCAUCGCCUGCAUCCUACCGUGUGGAGCUUUGGACGUGAUCCGCAUCAUACACUCAAACGGUCACGUAGAGGAGAUCAGUGGCACAAUCACAGCCAGCGAAGUAAUGAAGGCACACCCGAAGCACGUGCUCAAGAAACCAUCUUCUCCACCGUCUUCUGAUCACGAUGAUGAUGUCAUCUCAGCCACCACAAAGAUCGUCAUCGUCCCUCCCGAAGCUGAGCUCCAACGUGGCAAGAUUUAUUUCCUCAUGCCCGCAGCAACUAAACCCGAUAAAGAAAAGAUUCGUCGCGAAAGAAGUAAUGCAAACGCCGUCAAGAAGCGUUCACGGCAGCAUCGUGGACACGGUGAUGAUGUUCGUAAGUCUAUCGGGGAAUAUAAUUGUAUUAAAGACAAGGAGGAGGAGGAGUCGGUGAUGAUCUCUGAUAGGUACUUGACGGAGAUAUUGUCGGAGAAAGUCGCGACUCAAAGAGAUCGGAGAAGGGGACGCGUCGGCGUUUGGAGACCGCACUUAGAAAGUAUAAAUGAAGAUUGAAGAAAACUGCAUGUUAUUUGCUUUUUUAUGUUACAAAACAAAGAGUUCAUUUGUUUCACUCGUUUUUUUAUAAAAUUGUUGUGUAUUUUAGAACAUUGGUUCAUUAUAGUUCUUUCAUCAACGAAACAUAUUCAAGAGAAAGUGUUUUUAUACACAACUUGUCGUGUAGU